AAUCCAACAUGACAAUGUGAUAUAUGAUUCAAUAACCUGAAGUAUAUGGAUGCUUAAGAUUUUGUGCUAUUUCCAGGGUGAAACAACAUUAAUCUGGUACUUCCCACGGAGCAGAAAGGAAUCCGAAGUUAUCUUCUGUUUCAAGGAUUAUUCCUAGAUGGAGAACUAUCUGCAAGGACAAAUUUGAAUCAGAGGCUUGGCUUGUUUCUACAGGGAAACCUAGUAGCAGACAUGCACAAAGUGACAUUUCCGACGUAAAAUUUCUUUCGAGCCCUUUUUUGGGAGCAAUCUAUUGUUGUUUCCUUUGUUCAUUCUGCCACAUUUUCUGUCAAAUGAGAAUGAGUAGUGCAGAUGGCUUCGGAAUUAGUGUCUCAAGUUCUCUCAGUUGUUCAAGUCAAGGUUCUGGACCAUAUGACAUAGAAUCAUUAGGAGAUAUUUAUGUCGGGGAAGAUUUGGUCUGAUGGAGGAACCAGAGAUGGAAAUGGGUAUCCAAUUCCCAUAAAAAGUGAUUUACUGACACAUAGACCGUUGGAGACAAAUGUAAAAAGUGAUGGAUGAUUAAAGCUGCUUCAUUGGCUUCUGACGGAUCUUCCAAAUGUAAAAUUGCCAUGCAAGCCAGCCUUGAAGCUGAUUGUAUCUCAAACACAUCAUGGCUUGCAGUAUCAUGCCUAUAUUUAUCUGACACAGCAUCUUAGGGCCAGAUAAAUUUUUUUAUCUUAUUUCUCAACUUGCGGAUUUUUACAUGUGUGCUUGUAACUUUUGAUCACUCAUAUACCAGAAUAAUACCACAAGUUCUAGCUGGAAAACUUCGCGAUUUUCACUUAACUUUCAGUUUUUUGUAUUAAAUUUUUCCAACAUUCUCACCUCGUGUCAUUCAUUCGGACCAAACAAAUUGGCAAGACUUCAAGUUUGCAUGUCUUUUACUCUUGUAAUGGACCUACAUUGCACUAAUAAACAUGCAUCAUCCUUUUCUCCUUUUCGGUUAAAAGAAAUUACAGCGAAGAUACCUCCAGAGAUUUGUGAGAGUGAAUCAAUUAAAGCAGUGCGUUCUCAAAUUUACUCUUUUCUGGACACAGUCCGAACUCAAGCAUCUGAACCAGAGUCAACAUCAGAAGAUCAUAAUGAUGCUGCACGGGUUCGGAACUCAUCACAGAGUGUUGAUGGAACUCCACAGGAAUGCAAUGGAUCUUCUGUUUCUGACACGAGUUGUAAAUCAAUUAAAUACAGAAGAUAUAUCUAGGACGCCUGAAGCUGCUAGAAGUGAGGGACGAAAGGAAGUUAUUGAACAAUUUGAACCAGGUGUUUAUGUUACACUCGUUCAACUUGUAGAUGGAACCAAGUUAUUCAAGAGGAUUAGGUUCAGCAAGCGAUGGUUUGCCGAGCAGCAGGCAGAAGAAUGCUGGAAAGAAAACAAAGAUAGGCUGCGUAAAAAGUACAGUCCACUGCCAAGAGUAAAUAGUAUACAAACAGAAGUAACUGCUGCAGCUCAACCAGUAGCUGAAGAAAAUAACCCAGCAACAUAAUCUUCAUAGAACUGAUUAAUUUUGUUAGCUAUAUAUACUAUUUUUGGUGCAGGGAGUAAUUACUUAGCUAGGUAAAAUUUAUAGCCUGCAUUUGGAGUUCACAACCAUGUAGAGAAACCAUAUUUUUCUU